UCUGCCAUUCACUACUCACCCUCUUUUUUAUUAUUAGCUCACUUGGAUCUGGAAGCAGUGCUUUUCUUCCCUCGGCAGCAGUGACUUUUGCAUUGCGCAACCGAGUAGCUGCACAUAUUGGGAUCUCAGGUAAAGGUGUGGGGAUACAGCAGAGAGAGAGAAGCGACUGGCUUGUGGUCGAUGCUGCCGUAGGUCAGGUAGGACUCAAUUGAUGGGCCCUUUAAUUUAAAUCCGCUUGGUCGUAACAACGCGCACUGAAGCUCUGCUCUCGUUUUCGCGUUCCCGAUGUUCAAGGCGGCCAAUUACCCGACGGUGGAUCCUGCGCCCACCAUCAUGAGCGGCACUUGGUUUAGCUGUCGAGAAAACACGCCCGUGGCGGUGGAGAAACCUAAGAAAAAGGCGUUCAGCCUAGUCAAAAUAAUGUCACUCGGCCACAAGAAAGGGCACGGUCAGCAUCCGCACCACAACAACAACAUGCCCUUUACGAUCCACUGUCACAUCGGGAAAGAGAUAAAGCACAUUUGCAGCAAUUGCAGUCGCGGGAACGACACGCAGGACGCUGAGGAAGUAGAGAGGCUGGCCGCCAUGCGUUCCGAGUCCUUGGUCUCUGGCACCCACACUCCUCCCAUCCGUCGCCGGAGCAAGUUCGCCACUCUGGGACGCCUCCUCAAGCCCUGGAAAUGGAGGAAGAAGAAGAGUGAGAAGUUCAAACAGACAUCUGCUGCUCUGGAGAGGAAGAUGUCCAUGCGGCAGAGCAGAGAUGAGUUGAUCAAGAGAGGAGUACUGAAAGAGAUCUUUGAAAAAGCGACCAUUGAGUUCAGAUCUUCGAUGGAUGGUGGGAUUGGCACUCAGGAGCCCUCUGUUAAGUCAUCGAUGACCCUGUCCAGCAAGAAAUCUGUCACCUUCCCAGGUGAUCUUCAGGAUACCCCCGCCAAGCCGCCGCUGUACCACAAACAGCCUCCUGCUCUCCCUCCAAAGCCUUUCUCUAGGAUCCCAAACCAUAGCACAGAUUCUUGCCAGCCAAUGAAGUUGCCCUGUAUGCCUGGGGGAAAGCACUCUCCACCUCUGCCUCCCAAGAAAGUGAUGAUUUGUGUGCCUCCAGGGGGCCUGGACUCUACAUCCCCUUCCCCAUCCCCCAAUCCCCUCAGCACUCUCUCCCAAAAGUGCGCCCCUUCGCAGGGCAUGUCCCUUCACCAUGGCACCCUGCUGCCCUCUCAGCUCGCCGGUCUGUCCAGUCUUCACCAGAGCCACGGUCACCCACUCCAGCUACAGUAUGGCAGUUUGCAUGGGCCCAGUCGCAUCAUCGAGGAGCUCAAUAAAACCCUGGCACUCUCCAUGCAGAGGUUUGAAAGCUCUGCAUUGCAUGGUCUCGGUCAGUGUGUUCCCUUGGACAGAAGAGAAGUCCCGUCUGUGAUCAUCGACUAUGAAGAUGACAAGGAAAACAUGCCCAACGAGUCUGACUAUGAAGACCUGCCCAGCAUGUACAAGGACGAGGACGAUGUUGACGAUGAUGAGGACGAUGACGAUGAAGAUGAUGACUCCAUAUUUACAAGUAGCCUGGCUCAGAAGGUGCUGAGGAAGGACUCUCUGGCCAUCAAGCUGAGUAACCGUCCAUCCAAAAGAGAGCUGGAAGAGAAAAACAUCCUGCCCAUGCAGACAGAUGAGGAGAGACUGGAAUCAAGGCAGCAGAUAGGCACCAAACUCACAAGGCGCUUGAGUCAGAGACCCACAGCGGAGGAGCUGGAACAGAGGAACAUCCUCAAACCUCGCAAUGAGCAAGAGGAAAUGGAGGAGAAGAGGGAGAUAAAACGAAGGCUAACGCGAAAGUUAAGCCAGAGGCCCACUGUAGAGGAGUUGAGACAGGCCAAAAUUCUCAUCCGAUUCAGUGACUACGUGGAGGUGUCAGAUGCCCAGGACUACGACAGGCGGGCAGAUAAGCCCUGGACCAGGCUCACAGCUGCUGACAAGGCAGCUAUACGGAAAGAACUCAACGAUUUCAAGAGCAAUGAGAUGGAAGUGCACGAGUCGAGUCGCCAUUUAACCAGGUUUCACAGACCAUAGUAGACCACCACACACUGUCUCGAGCAGUGCCGGACCGGCGCUCUCCUCCACUGAGAACCUUAAGUGCUGGACAGUAAAAUGGUGCCCGUUUCUACAAUAAGGCCAUGUCUUCUGAAAUGCCUUUUCAAGACCCACACAACUGAGUCGGUACUACACUCCAAGAUGCAGAAACCCACUACUCCAUCCACCGUAGUAGCACAUAAUGACUCCAGUUGAUUCACAUCGCCCCUCUAUGGAAUUUGCUCGACUGUCUCUAAACCUCUCUGCUGAGCUCUCAGGCAGGCGCUCAGUUUCUGUGGCGACUGGACAGCGCGGGGAGUUUUUGUUGCCAAUUGACUGACAUUUUCGACAUCUAACGGAGGGCAACUGUACCUCGGUUCAUCACUAAACACCAGUGGAUUUGUCUCAGUGGACGUAUUUUUAUCCCUCUUCUUUAUUAUGCUGUCACUCCUCUAGCCUGUAUGCACAGCUCUGUGCAGGGAUGCAUGGUUGACUGUUCUGAGCUCACAAUAUCAGCAGGAAAUCCAUCUUAACUCCACCUGCUGGGACUUUGGAAACAGCUUAGAAAGACACACAGAAGGGCAGGGAGGGGUCCAACAUUAGAAUCAUGUGCAAUAUUUUUUUUUUCUUCUGCUUUUUCUAGGCUAUAGCACCCCCUAGAGUCCGUUGUGUGUCCUUACUACGUAGUCCUGACUUUUCUUCUUCUUCUUCCCUCAUACGUGCAAUUCUCACUGUACCGACAAUGUUGACAUCUUAUUGCUAACUGUGAAUUUGAGAGUUUGGGCAAAGUGCCUGCGCUCUCUUCAAAUGUACAUUUUGUUUAUACUGAAGAAAAGUUACAUUUAAAGAAGAACCAUGCCUGACCAAGUUUCAUUCAUUUCACAGUCUUAUAAAUUUAAUGUAAAAAAUUUGCAGCUGGCAGAUAUAUUCUGGCUCCAGUGUGUUGCAACAAUUAUCUGUUUUCUAUAUAUAUUUUUUUUGUCUUUAAUAGAGGCACUUGAAUCAUAAAUGAUUAAUUUAGAUGUUUUUACAUGUCCCAGUUUGAGAGCUGGCUCACCUCAUUGUUAUCGCUGAUAUUUUUUGUUUGCAGCGGCGUGUUUAAUCUUUGCUCAUGAUGUGCAUUGUGUUAUACACUUUACUUUUAUACUCAUAAGCUUUUGACCAAGCAAUAUCUGUUGUUUGCAGAGAAAAGGUUAAACUACAGGUGUAAUCCCCAACAUUUUUUUUUACUGUGCUUAUACACUACUCCUUCCUUCAGGGUUUUAAGUUUCUUUUUUACUUACUUUAGGAAGGCUUUAUUCAGGUGGACUUUUCUGGAUUUUGCUCAACUGAGCCACCAAAAACACCUUUGACAGGUUACCAACACAUUCGGACAAGAUUUAAUUUUCAAGUCUGCGAUUGAACACAACGAUGCAUUUAGUGAAUUCAGUCAGGAUUUUUUUUUCCCUUUUAAUUUUUAAAAGUUCUUUGCACUGUUAGGCGUUUGGCUUUAUAAUGGUCACUGUUUAAGGUCAGGGCUCAAGUGUGUAAAAAUACUGUUGGAUUUCUGAUCUGUGACCAUUUUGUUCUCUUCACUUUAACGGUCUUGUUAACUGAUCACUGAUCCUACACCAGUACACCAGUAUUCCAGCGCUCAUAAGCUUUAUGUACACAGAAUAUUUUUUAUUACUUUUUACUGUAUUACUUUUAAAGUUGCAAUAUAAAAUUCUUGUCAGAUGAAGAGAAGUUAUAGAGGUGAAUGGCUGUCAGCUGCCUAAUACAAUGCAUCUGUCUGCAAAGGAAAAUGUCUUCAUCCUUAUUUUCAAGGUCUCCGUCAGCGAUGGAUAUUUGUCCCAAUGAAACCUGGGAACUGAGAACACAGAAAUUUGUUUUGCACUUUAUGGUUUUUUUGUGAAAUGAUAGGAGUUUUGUUAGAGUUUUGAGCUGUUUCUCCUGAGUAUCAGUACACAGGUCACUUCACAUUGCUCCUUUUUUUUUUUUUUUUUUUUUUUAAAAAAAGAAAAAAACAAAUCACAAUUUCAUUGGGCUGUGUAAUCUCAGAGCCUUUGAAAUAUGUGGUAUUUUUUUGUGUUAAAACCAGCUUCUGUAUGAUUCCAGCAUCAUGCCAUUGUUUGAAAUUUUUCCAUCCAUAUAGGCUCAAUACAGAGCAUAAAUAUUAAUGAGUUCAUACAAAUACACUCCUGUUGUGAUUUCAGCUCUAAGAAACAAACCUGAGCCACCGGGCUGAGCAUGAGCUUUUUCCGCUUUGCUGGAAUCAAGGAAUAUGAAUUCAGCAAUAAUCUGUUUCCUUUUACAUGUCGGUGGAGCAACUGAAUGAAUUUGAAGGUGUUCCUUUUUUUUUUUCAUUUUUGAAAUACAGAAUACCAUGUAAAGGAUACUUCAUGCCAAUUAAAUUCCAUCUCUGAAUGCA